AUGGUCUCGUGGAUACAGUGGGUCCAGUCGUUGUGGCAGGGCACAUCCACAUCCAGCGACGCAUCAAAUGAGCAGGCUGAGGAGGUGCAGCAACCCAUCCCGCCUCGCCGCCGUGUGCGUAUUUACGACGAUGCGGCUGAGCCCGUAUACAAUCCGCCUUCGUUUGAAGGUCGCGUAGAUUGGGACGUGGAUACCGAGAGCGAUGCAUCGUCCAUGGAAUCGCAAGUGGCUCGCCACCGCUCUAUUCAGCGAAUCCUAUCGCGAAAGGGACUCCCACCAGAACUGUUGCGGCGCGUUGAUGCGUUUGCCGACGAGGGGUACGACCUAUGCGUGUCACGCUCCUUCUUGGGAAUGUAUACAAACAAUGCCAAUACGCGCUACCUAUACACGCCACCUUUGGCAUCCUCGCUACAUCAUGGGUGCCUGCUUCGCGUCGAAGUGGAGAUGGACAGUCAUGAUCAAGGAUGGAGUAGCGAGCCGAAUCGAAGUUGGCUGGGCACCUACCAGGGCAGCUAUACAUGGUGGGAUCUUACGUUAGAACGACCUGCCCAAGCUGCACAGUCCUCCGCAGAAACAGGCUCCGACACGGAAGAGGACGUACCCGCUUGGACUGAAAUUCAUCGUCAAGAGCUGUGCCGCAACAUACACGCGUCAGAUGCGUUCAAAGUACAUACGAUUACCUUGGACACGUCGAGUCCGAUUGUGCAGGAUGCACAGCCAGGAGAUCGGCUGUGUGUUUGGGUACGUACCCAAUUCCCAGGCUGGAUCAAUUUUGCACGACAUGCUAGCAUACGUGUUCGUCUGGCAUGGUCUGAUUAA